AUGCCGGCCAUCAAGACGGCGAUGAACCGCCACCUCUCAGCGCAAGCAAAGCGUGAUGCCCGGCUACGCAACGCAAUCAAUCUUUACCACCUCACGCCCCUCUUCUAUCCGACGGCCGCCUCUACCUCAGCGGCCGCUUCGUCCUCACAAGAAUCCCUCGACGACCUGAUAGACCACACGAUUCGAGAAGACCUCUACUUCCCGCAAAAAAUCAAGGAGUCCUCUCAGAACAUCAUCGCACAACCUCCGUUUUUCCUCGAGUGGGGCAACCUCUUCGCCAGACGAUACCAAGCAGUCUCGCAAGGACCGAGGGAUGGCGCACCGACGAUGCGUGAUCACCACAACGAUGGUUCGGCGUUUGGCAGCAUUGCAGCACAUUACAUUGGGCAAGGGAUGAGGGCACAGCCUGCCCCGAGAGGCGCGACUGCGGAGACGGAGGGGUACACCAGGGCGCCACUGUCCUCAGCGAGCAGCUCGUCCAUCGCAUCAUCAUCAUCUUCUUCCCCACCAUCGAUCUCAGCGCGCCUCGAGUUCCUCUCACGAACAGCUCGAUCAUCUCUUCCACCAUCUGUUCAGCCGAGGGACAACGUGGAUGGCAAUGCGCCCUUGCGCGAUAAUCUGCAAAUCGGGUCAAGCCACGUAGUCAGCUUCUUGCAGCUCGACGAGAGGAGCUCGAGGAUCAGGGACGCAUUCUUCGGGACGGUGGGCGGUGGAACCAAGGUUGGACUCGAAGUCGUGAGGGAGAGGAUGGGAAAGCAGGCGGAACAGGCUGAGAAGUGA